CUCCGACAAAUACAAUCCAUCCCAACGACGACGUCACAAGCUUCUUCUUCUCUGGUUCUUUUUUCCCACCGGUCCGUUUAGCGAUUAGAACGAAACCCUAAUUGGUCGACGCAAUGAAAAGGAUUGCGAGGCUUGUAACUUGUCUAUCGCGAAUCGGAGGUCGCGAGAUCGUUUCUGGAAGAAGUAGUACUGUAUCUUCUUCUUCUUCGUCUUCCUCCUCUCUUCUGCUAUCUCGUCGCUCGCUUUUCAUCUCUGCCACCAAUUCUCGGACCAAGGAUUCUGCUCUUACCUCGUUGAAAUCUUCUUCACUUCCUCAGAAAUGGAACUUCCUCGGAGGGCAGAGAAGAACAAUGUUUAUCCAAACACAAUCAACUCCAAAUCCUUCUUCUCUCAUGUUUUAUCCUGGCAAACCAGUCAUGGAAGUUGGAAGCGCAGAUUUUCCUAAUGUUCGUUCAGCUCUGGGUUCGCCAUUAGCCAAAUCCAUUUACUCCAUUGAUGGUGUAGUUCGAGUUUUCUUUGGGUCAGAUUUUGUUACUGUAACUAAGUCAGAUGAUGUAUCAUGGGAUAUCCUCAAGCCUGAGAUAUUUGCAGCAGUCAUGGAUUUCUAUUCUUCUGGCCAGCCUUUGUUUCUCGACUCUCAAGCUGCUGCUGCCAAGGAUACUGCCAUCAGCGAGGAUGAUUCUGAAACAGUAGCAAUGAUCAAGGAACUCUUAGAAACACGCAUCAGACCAGCAGUCCAAGAUGAUGGUGGGGACAUCGAGUAUUGUGGGUUUGAUCCGGAAAGUGGUAUAGUGAAGCUGAGGAUGCAAGGAGCUUGUAGUGGUUGUCCGAGCUCAUCUGUUACUUUGAAAUCGGGAAUCGAAAACAUGCUGAUGCAUUAUGUAUCCGAGGUGAAAGGUGUAGAACAAGAGUUCGAUGGGGAAGAUGAAGAGGGAACAUUGUCUGGAGAGAUGAGAGUAGAGUAAAAGUCCUCCUGUAGCUAAUCUGCUCUGCUCUUUAGUGUACAGAAGAAUAAAUCCCAGUGAGUGCA